AUGGAACAGGCAAACCGCGACCGUGCAUUAAUGUUCAGCAAAUGUGAAAUGCCACAAAAAGCAAUAACAUCUAGGUCGGCACGGUCAGAAGGUGAGUCGUCAGGGGAGCAGUCGUGUGAGAGUUCAGACGAGGGUGUGGGGCGGGAUGCACCAACCCACCAACCACAUCAACCACAUCAGCCCCACCAACCUCACCAGUUGCACCAACCGCAUCAGAUGCACCAGAUGAACCAGAUGAACCACAGCAUGAACCACGCCAUCAAUCACCAGCCGAUCAACAACCAAAUUAAUCAACAUCAAAGGAAUUCGCCGCGACCUCUUGAAAGAGAACUUAAGGCACGAGAUGAUUUUGAAUCUCUGAAGACGUCGCUCCAUCCGCACCUAUCAUCGCUGGCGUCGCUGGCGCAGGGGGCGCCACUGUCUGCCCCGAGCAGCGUGUUCGCGUUGGCGGGCGGGGGCGCCACGGGGGGCUUCCCCUACGCGCCCCCUGCGUUCCUCGCUCCCGCACCACCACCACCCGCGCAGCCCGCUGGCUCGGCCUCCUCCUCUUCAUCUGAAGGCAGCGCCGCCGGCUGGAGCUUUGAGGAACAAUACAAGCAAGUCCGACAAUUAUACGAGAUCAGUGACGACCCACAACGUAAGGAGUUCCUCGAUGAUCUGUUCUCAUUCAUGCAGAAACGAGGCACUCCUAUAAACCGGCUGCCGAUAAUGGCGAAGUCCGUGCUGGACCUGUAUGAGCUAUACAACCUGGUGAUCGCCCGCGGCGGCCUCGUCGAGGUCAUCAACAAGAAGCUGUGGCAGGAGAUCAUCAAGGGCCUGAGACUUCCAUCCUCCAUCACUUCUGCAGCAUUCACAUUACGUACACAAUACAUGAAGUAUUUAUACGACUACGAGUGUGAGAAGAAGAAUCUAUCGACGCGCAGUGAGCUAGACGCGGCUAUCGAGGGUAACAAGCGCGAAGGCCGGCGUGCUUCGGGGCAGUACGACGCACAAGCUGCGCUCGCCAUGCCGUCGUUAAACCGUGGGGUGUCGCUGUCGAUGCCACUAGCGCAGCCGCUGGCGCUGCCGCUGGGCGCGGUGCCGCGGCUGCCGCUGCACGCGCCGCAUCUACACUCGCACGACAUCGAGUACCGCGUGCGAGAGUACAUGAAGAUGAUACAACAACAGAGGGACCUUAUUAGAAACGGUUCGGAGUCACCUCCCGGCAACGGCGGUACGAUGAUGUCGCCGCGAGAGGCCGCGCUGAGCGCCAUCGACGUGUCGCGUCUCACGCUCUGGUCGCUUUACAACAACAACAACAACAGCCCGCAGCCGGACCUCGAGCCGCAGCGGUACGAUGAGGCGUUGAAUCUAAGCGAGAGCCCGAACUCAACCGCGAGCGGCGGUGAUGCAAACACAGGAGACCAGCAACUUGUCGUGUCAAUAGAGCUGAAUGGAGUCACGUACGAAGGAGUCCUCUUCCCCUCGCAGAGCAACGGCCAAGCAGCCCACAGGCAAAUGGUCUCUUAA